GUGACCUUCAUCAACCGAUGAUUAUUCUCAACUAACCAUAAAGAUAUUGGCACUCUUUAUCUAAUUUUCGGCACAUGAGCGGGCAUAGUUGGCACAGCACUUAGCCUACUAAUUCGCGCAGAACUAGGACAACCAGGAACACUUUUGGGAGAUGACCAAAUUUAUAAUGUAAUCGUCACAGCCCAUGCCUUCGUUAUAAUCUUUUUCAUAGUUAUACCUAUCAUGAUUGGGGGCUUCGGAAAUUGACUAGUCCCUCUUAUAAUCGGUGCCCCAGACAUAGCAUUCCCACGUAUAAACAACAUAAGCUUCUGACUUCUCCCCCCCUCCUUUCUCCUCCUGCUAGCCUCCUCAACCGUAGAAGCUGGAGCCGGUACCGGAUGAACUGUUUACCCCCCCUUAGCUGGAAACCUUGCUCACGCCGGUGCAUCAGUAGAUCUGGCCAUUUUCUCCCUCCAUCUCGCAGGUGUGUCAUCCAUUUUAGGGGCCAUUAACUUCAUCACUACCAUCAUCAACAUAAAACCCCCUACAUUAUCACAAUACCAAACACCACUAUUCGUCUGAUCCGUCCUUAUUACCGCCAUUCUCCUACUGCUUUCUUUACCCGUUCUAGCCGCUGGGAUUACUAUACUCCUUACUGACCGCAACCUCAACACCACAUUCUUUGAUCCUGCAGGAGGGGGAGAUCCAAUCCUCUAUCAACACCUAUUUUGAUUCUUCGGCCAUCCCGAAGUUUACAUCCUCAUCCUCCCAGGCUUCGGAAUAAUCUCCCACGUAGUAGCAUACUAUGCAGGAAAAAAAGAACCAUUUGGCUACAUAGGAAUAGUAUGAGCAAUACUAUCAAUCGGAUUCUUAGGCUUCAUUGUAUGAGCCCAUCACAUAUUCACAGUAGGAAUAGAUGUAGAUACCCGAGCCUACUUUACAUCCGCCACUAUAAUCAUUGCCAUCCCAACCGGUAUUAAAGUCUUCAGCUGACUCGCUACCCUGCACGGAGGAACAAUUAAAUGAGAUCCACCCAUAUUAUGAGCCUUAGGGUUUAUCUUCUUAUUUACUAUUGGAGGCUUAACAGGAAUUGUCCUAGCCAACUCAUCAUUAGACAUUGCCCUACAUGAUACUUACUACGUAGUCGCCCACUUCCAUUAUGUUCUCUCAAUAGGAGCAGUUUUCGCUAUUCUAGCAGGAUUCACUCACUGAUUCCCCCUUUUCACAGGCUUCACCCUUCACCCCCCAUGAACCAAAGCACAUUUCGGCGUAAUAUUCACAGGAGUAAACCUAACCUUCUUCCCACAACAUUUCCUAGGUCUAGCCGGUAUACCCCGACGAUACUCAGACUACCCAGAUGCCUACACAUUAUGAAACACAUUAUCCUCAAUCGGCUCCUUAAUCUCAAUAACAGCUGUUAUCAUACUCAUAUUCAUCGUCUGAGAAGCCUUCUCAGCAAAACGAAAAGUGCUUCAACCAGAAUUAACUUCUACUAACAUUGAAUGAAUCCAUGGUUGCCCCCCUCCAUAUCACACCUUCGAGGAACCAGCCUUUGUCCAAGUACAAGAAAGG